GCCGGAAGCGCUGGGGCCGUGGCUGCCGGGGCGAUGGCGGCGGCCCUGCGGCGGCGGGACGGGGCCGCGCUCCGCGGGGCGGCGGCUCCCUGAGCGGGGCGGGACCGGACCCUCCUCCUCUUCUCCUUCACCUCCUCCUCCUCCUCCUCGCCCGCCUCCCCCCCGGCUCAGAGCCAUGGUGUCAUGGAAAGGGAUAUACUUUGUACUUGCACUGUUCUUGGGAAGUUUUUUUGGAAGCAUAUUCAUGCUCGGGCCCUUAAUACCUUUGAUGUUCAUCUCGCCAGCCUGGUAUCGUUGGAUCACCGACUGCGUUGUGGCCACGUGGCUCACACUCCCAGUGGCCUUGCUGGAAAUGGUAUUUGGUGCCAAGGUGGUUGUCACUGGUGAUGGAUUUGUUCCUGGAGAAAGGAGUGUCAUCAUCAUGAACCAUCGUACCCGAAUGGACUGGAUGUUCCUGUGGAACUGCCUGCUGCGAUACAGCUACCUCAGACUCGAGAAAAUCUGUCUCAAAUCCAGUCUCAAAAGCAUUCCGGGAUUUGGCUGGGCGAUGCAGGUUGCUGCCUUUGUUUUCAUUCAGAGAAAGUGGGAAGAUGACAAGAACCACUUUGAACAAAUGUUGGAUUAUUUCUGUGACAUUCGUGAACCACUACAGCUCCUCAUCUUUCCAGAAGGAACCGAUCUCACAGCCAAUACCAAAGCCCGCAGUAAUGAAUUUGCUGAAAAGAAUGGACUUCAGAAAUAUGAGUAUGUCUUACAUCCACGAACCACUGGAUUCACUUUUGUGGUGGAGCGACUGAGGGAAGGUGACAAUCUCGACGCUAUCCAUGACAUAACUGUGGCAUACCCCCAAAACAUUCCUCAGACGGAGAAGCACCUCUUCUAUGGAAACUUCCCAAAGGAGAUUCACUUCCAUGUCCAGAGGUAUCCCAUAGAGACAGUGCCCACUUCCAAGGAAGAGCUGCAACUUUGGUGCCGUAAGCGCUGGGAAGAGAAAGAGGAGAGACUCCGAAGCUUCUAUGAAGGUGGAAAGUGCUUCAGUGCGACAGGGCAAGGCAUUAUUCCGCCAUGUAAAUCCGAGCUCAGGGUCCUUGCGGUGAAGUGCGCCUCGCUCCUGUACUGGAUGCUGUUCCCACUGGGUGUGCUUGCACUGCUGUACCUGUACAGCUUCGCACGGUGGUAUUUUGCAGCCAUGAUCAUCUUCUUUGUUGUGCAACAAAAGGUAUUUGGAGGGCUGGAACUGAUUGAACUUGCUUGUCAUCGAUACUUCAAAAAGCAACAGAAAUUUCAUGAAACAAAAAUAAAAAACAAUUAGUUUUGGGGUAGGGGAAAACAUAAAAAUGGGUGGCUUAGAGAUGUCCUGCAAAUGUUAUGCACAGGAAAGAAUUUUUGCAUGAGAAUUGUGUGUUAUUGUUGCCAUUGCUAGACAUUUGCACUGGAUUCUGUGACAAGAAAGGCAACGUUAGUUAUUGCUAUGUGUGAAAGUGGUAGUUUUAUCUCUGAAUGUACUCUCAACUUUGCCCUGGCCUGCAGCUGGCAGCUGCAUCCUGCUGUAACCCAGAAACACACUGCUGGAUUACUGAACAAUCAUAAGAACUCUGGUAAAUGUGACAUGCACUGAACUUUCCUGUGGAAACCCAGACUCUCCAGCUGAGAGAGACGGAUGUAUGAUUUCUGUGUAACCACAGUGUCGUACAGUGAGCACCGGAUUUGGAAAACUGUUAAGUGUAAGAGUGUCGUGAUGGUGCAGGUGGAAGGUGGAGGAAAAGGUGUUCUGUUCCUUUUUUCUAUUUCAAAUAUUCAAAGUGAUUUUAAAAUAACAUUUUCGUGUAAGGUUUUCCAGACACUGCUGAGCCCACUGCUAUUGAGCCACUCUGGCUUGGUCACUCAGAAGGACUUUUAAGCCUUGCAGCCUCGUAUUGUAGUGCAUAAAACCAGCACUGGCUCUGCCUCUGUUUAAGUCUUACCUGAUUCUUUAAUAGGCCUGUGCAGCUAAAUUUUGAUUUUUCCCUGUUCCAGUCUCUCCGUGAGCUGCGGGAGACUUGUUCCUGCUGUAGUGUACAGAGCUGCAGGAGAGGAAAGCUGGCUUUUUGCUGGGUUGGUGGUGGUUUUUUUCUGUAGGGGCAAAAUUAAGUGUCUGUCUCUGAGUAGCUGGCCAAUGUUUUUCAAAAAGAUCUCCUUGUAGACAUUAUUUGAUAGAAAACAUUUUAUAAUAUUUAUUUUUUGAGGCAGACAAGAUAUCUUUUUUUGAAGCAUUUAUUUGGUUUUCAUGUUGCUUCCCUGGGCAUUUCAAUGUCUGUGUAGAUAGGUAGGCAGACUGCUUGUUCUACACAUAUCAGCCAGACCUACUGAAAUACAUCUGAUGCAGUGGUUGUUCCUUGUAGGUGCCAGAGAUGGAUUUCAGACUAUUGCAGCACAGGGGAUUGAGCUACAUCUUCCCUUUGUGGUAUUCUCUUCUGUCGCCUGAUGACAUUGUUCCCUUUCCAACCUCCUUUGCAGUUUUUGAGGGCUCCCACUCAAAACCCUUUCCCUUCUUUGCAUGACAUUCAGAAAACCUGAAGGCUUAAACCCUGACAGGGCACUUCCAAGUGUAUUCCUUCUCAUAUAUAAUACAAGUGGUGUUCAUGCUGACAUAAAUGACAUAAACAUCACCAGUGCUUAGGCCACUUCGUGUUGGAUUUGUCUUUCAACCUCAAGAAUGUUGGACCACUUGAUUCCCUGUAUUGCUGCAACACAUGAAGGCUUCUUGUUUGAGCUAUGCUGAGAUGUCGCGGCUCCAUACACUCAGUGGCAUUGCCAUGAAAUGUCAGAGCACAGCGUGCAAAGUGUAUCUUGUGCUGAGUAUCUUCAGCAUUGGGUCAGCAUGGAAAACACAUCGGUGUUCUUCUAAAUUACAACACUACACAGGUUGUCUGAUGUGUUUUUAUCAAAGGCCAUUCUUUGAACGAAUCACCAGCCUCUUCAACUGUUUGCUGUAAGGUGACAAGUAUUUUUUAAUCUAUACUUAUAACGACUAAUUGUUUAUUAUGCGGAAAGUACUUGAAGCCAUCUGUUUUACUGAUUUUUUAAUCCCGUUUUUCUUAAAUGAAAGUAGGUUUAUAUUUAGGAUUAUGUUUCUUAAUGAGUUUUUCAUAUUUAUAUUCGAGUCCCUGGAGGCUGACAACUGGUGUUUCAUUGUCCCAAGUGGAAGGAGGCUCUUUCUACACUAAAGGGACCAUAUUUAAUGUAGUUCUGUGACUUCAAAGGCACGAGUGCAGCUUAAACCUACAUAGCCUGGGUUUUCCUCUCCCCAUAAUCUGCUUUGGUGCAGUUCUCUGCACGUACAGGUAACUUGCUGCAAGGGAAAACCCAAAAAACCUCAUUUAUCAUUAAAUAAAGCCUCAGAGGCUUCUUCUAGUCUGUCCUGAGCCAGGGCUCUGCUUUCACACCAGGAGUAGCCACGGCUGGACUCUUCCAACAGCCUUAAUGCAGUCUUCAGGAAUGACUUUGAAGGGCAGGUUGUAUGUGUUGGCGACAUAAAUACUGGCUGUGCUUUUGUCAGUCGUUCAGAGAACUUUGUGGUGUCAUCAAAUGUGUCAGAAACAUCAGUGUGAGUCUUGGUUGUGCAGCAGUGUGCUGAUUUGCAUCCAUGUGCGAUUAGAGUUGGGCUCUGAAAAUGCAAUCAAAUGCAGCCCAUCGGUGACACAAGGAGUUUUCUCCCAGCUGGAACCAGACAUGUAACCUGCUGCAACGUGGUGAACAUCUUGCAGAUCUGUAAUUCAUCUCCAUCUCUUGAUUCAGACUGGAGGGAAAGAAUAAUCUUCUUGUCAGCUGCAAAUGUCACAUUUGCAGUGCCUGACUCUGUCAUGCAGGGCAGCACAUCGUGAGUGAAGAAUCCUCUUCUCAAAGAAGGGUAUUGGCUUUGUGACUGAUGUAAAUUUUCACAUUAGGAGCAUCGUUUUCCAGCUCAAUUAGAAAUGCAAGACGGGGAAAAAAAAUGGAAUAAAAAGUUUUGUGGGUGUAGAAGCUUCUGUGUUCAAAAAGUGGUUAGGGAAUUGGGGGAGGAUCUGUCUGUGAAUGCUUUUUUGUCUCUUUGGUAAGAUUGUAGCUUUUUACUCAAAAGGUUCCAGUAUCCAGAUUUUUUUUGAGACUGUUUUAUUCUCACUUGCCCCGUUUCCCUACUCGCAGCGCACUAAGACAUGCUGGGUCAAUCACCUGGAAAUUAUUUCAGUGCUGUAUAUGAAAGGUGCUGGUGCUCCAGGAAUCACCUAUCCCCUCUGUGGAACAUGUAGUGGCAACUGCUUCGACUACAGGCCCUACAGAUCUUGUUUACGUUAUCCAAGAUCAAUGACUGCUUUCUCUGCUGUUAUGGAUACUGUACUCGUUUACUCAAUCAAUGUUUCCCCAUCGCAUCAGGGGUUUCCUUGUCUCUGCUUGGAAGAGAAGGCUGAAAUCCUGUCUGUGUUUGUCACCAGGCUCAUCUAGGCAGCAGGAUGUCACACUGAGACUGCUCUCUUGGGUGCAAAGCUGCAAGGCCCAAAGCUGCUCUCUAAGGUGUUGUCUGGAUCAUACAAAACGUAGUUCCUAGUUUUGUGCAUUGCAUCAAUCUCUCUUCUUUAAGAAAGAUCUGUGUUUUUAUAACUUAUUUUAUAUGUGCACUGUGGGUAAGGAAACACCAGAUACCACAAACCUACAGAAAGCCUUAGUCCUCAGAGUUCACGUAUAUCGGAAUGUUUUAACCAUGUACCAGUUAUUCUAUUGCAACAAUAAAGACCUGAAGCAUU